UAAGGAGUGGGACGUCCGUCUUUGGUCUUUGACGUUUGUAAAGUCGUGUGAACAGAUCAGACAUGUCGGGCUGCAGGCUGAUGAGAGCCAUCAGAGUGAGUGAGUUUGGAGCUCCGUCAGUGCUCAGACUCUGCUCAGAUGUGACUGUCCCGCAGCCGGGACACAGACAGGUGUUGAUUCGUGUCCAUGCCUGUGGAGUGAACCCUGUGGAAACUUACAUCCGGGCUGGGACCUACGCCCGUAAGCCCCCCCUGCCAUACACACCGGGCACAGACGUUGCUGGAGUGGUGGAAACUGUUGGAGAGGGAGUCACUGCAGUAAAGGCAGGCGAUCGCGUGUUCACCACAGCCACAGAGUCUGGAGGUUAUGCAGAGUACACUGUAGCAGCCGAUGAGCGUGUCCACAAACUGCCCGAUGCUUUACACUUCAGCCAGGGGGCAGCCAUAGGGAUCCCUUACUUCACCGCCUACAGAGCUCUGGUUCACAAAGCUCACGCCAAAGCUGGAGAGACCGUUCUCAUCCAUGGAGCCAGUGGAGGGGUUGGUGUGGCAGCGUGCCAGUUGUCCCGUGCUCUGGGUCUCAAGGUGUUGGGGACAGCAGGGACACCGGAGGGAAUGAAGAUGGUUCUCAACAACGGAGCUCACCUGGCCUUUAAUCACAGAGAAGAGGGCUACACCGAUAAAAUCAUGGAAGCCACAGAGGGCAGAGGCAUAGAUGUGAUAGUAGAGAUGCUGUCAAACGUCAACCUCAGUAAAGACCUCCAGAUGUUGGCCUUCGGAGGACGUGUAACGAUCAUUGGCUGUAGAGGCUCCAUAGAGAUCAACCCCAGAGACACCAUGGCUAAAGAGAGCAGCAUCAUGGGAGUGGCUCUUUUCUUCGCUACACCGGAGGAGAACAAGGAGUGUGCAGCGCUGCUCUACGCAGGGAUGGAAGCUGGUUGGCUGCGUCCAGUCGUCGGUUCCCAGUAUCCGCUUGACAAAGCCGCCCAGGCCCACCAUGACAUCAUUGAGUGUCCCGGGGCUGCUGGGAAGACUGUCUUAACCAUGUGAUGAUGUAAUCAUAUCACAGGUCAAAGGUCACCAAGUAGGGUUUUGGCUGUUCAUAAAGGGGAGAGCAAACAAUGGUUUAUGUGGUUACAUUAAGCUUUGAAUGAUUACUGAUAAUUACCUUUGACGUUUGAAGGGGUUACUACUAAUGUGCUGAUUUAUCAUCACUGCCAAUCUGCAAAACAUGCAUAAAAAAUAUCCGUUAACAAGAUUGAUGAGAGCAGUUAAACUGACUAAAAAGUUGCGGGCCACAAAACCAAAACAAAUGGCUACAAAAGCGCUCUGUAGAGCUGAGAAGAGCUGUGCGUCAGCACUACAAGUGUCCCUAUUAACAUUACUAAUAGUCAUUUGCAGCUUUAAGUGAAUGUUUAAAAUAGAUGGAUGUGCAGGGUUUCCGACUGUACAUUGGGUCUUAUUUAAUCAUGAAGGUGCCAAAACAUUUUUCCAGCUGACUGACGGUGACAGACACCAGCACUUGAGUUGUGGAGUGAGAGUAUGGAAUUAAUUGAAUUGCCCACUACAAUGAUCUCAAGAACCAAAUCCCCAAAUGUGAUCUGUGCUCAAGAAUCCCCCACUGCAACUCAACUCGUCUAAGUCGUCUGUCUGGUGAUAUUAUUGAUUUCCUACUGACGGUGUACAAUGUUGCAAACAUCCAUUCUUUCUUAGACGGAAAAUCUUUUCUCUAUCUUUGAUUUUAAAGACACUUGAGAAGAUGGGAACUAUGCAUAGGUACUAUAUUAAACCAUUUGUAAAAUUGUGAAUGAAAAUAAAAUAAAAGACUAACAUGACACAACAAA